UGUCAUGUCACAUGUCAGCGCCUUCAAAGCAAGCAACUGUGUGUUGCUGCUGUUCCUGUCUUUGUUCUGGGCUAUUCUUGACAUCGUGGUGGUAAUCUGCGACGUCGUGGCAUCCACGUAUGCUCACUGCUGCUGGUCAUCAUGCAAACAGGAGGAAGGCUGGCGUGGGUGGUGUCCCGCAUCAUCCUGUACACGGCAGUCGUCGUGUCGGGCUUUGCCAUUGCAGGGAUCAUUGGCACAACCAAGCUGCAUGAAAAGUCGUCCACAUGUCUCCUCAACACAGAGGUGCGGAUGCUGUCCAAAGAUGAGUGCUGCACACGAUUCGUCUGCCAGACGUGCAAGCGUCAAGAGGACUGUGCCGACACCAGCUACCCUUCCACAUGCACAGGUGGCAACUGCCAACCAGACCAGUGCUUUGCGAGCAGCGGUGCCACGAAGACGAGUAGGUGCAAGUAUGUCAUCACCUUUGGCGCCAUCUCGGGCUCCCUCGCCCUCAUCAUGGUCUUUGCAAACGUCUACAAGGCCUGCAACAAGAACGCCGAGGCCCUCAAGCGCAUCUAUACGCUCAAGGGCAACAAGCUCGAGUACCCAGACUUUUACGCGAAACUGACUGCGGCCAUGUACAUGGGAUGGGUCAACAUGCUUGCCCUCACCUUCCUCGGCAUCACUUCCAUCACCAGGUACUACUGCAACCGGAGCAAGGCGUCCUCGUACUCGAUCAGCGCAGACGGCCACGACGACGGCGAUGCCAACGCACCCGCGCCCUCGCAUGUGUUCAGCGAGACGGAGGACGAUGACGCGCAGCUGCUGCACUGAUGUGCGGUUGUGGAUGCCCUCACCCGUGUGAUGCAAGCGGAUUGAGUUGUGAUGGAGACGGUUGGGAUGGGAUGGGACGCUUAUGGCGCCAGCCGUUGACUCGUUUUGAAUGCAUGUAUGAGUGAGUGAGUGGGUGUAUGAGAGAGAGAGAGAGAGAGAGAGUGUGUGUGUGUAGCUGGUAUCCUCGCGUGGGUUUGCGCAUGCUGUUACGUACGUACAAGAGUUACUUUGACCUUCAUUGUACCAUCACCAUCAUCAUGAACGCACAACCACCUCCACAAACAUAAGCGUCAACAUCAACAUCAACAUAAACCCGAAAGCACCGUCAAA